CGAAUCUAACAUCCUCCACAGAAAUGUCUCUCGCCGACUAUCUAGCAAAGAACUACCUCACUGCUGACUCGCCUGCCGACAAGAAAUCCAAAAAGCGCAAACGAAAGAACAAGGAAGACGGUCUUAAAAUCGCCGACGAUGAUAUCGCAGGCUGGUCCAAAAGCAAGGACGACGACGACGACGACAGACCUAUAAUUCCGGGCAUGCCAAUCACAUCCAAAAAAUCCAGAUCCAAGACCAAAGCCUCCUGGACCACCUUCGGCGUCGCCGCGCCCUCAACCGCCGCCCAACUCGCUGCCGACGCCGAAAACGCGGCCGCAGAUGCUAUCCUAACACAAGCAGCGUCAGACCGGCAGAAAGCCGCUGAGGAAGAGGAUGAAGCUCCUGAACUCGUCGACACAGAGGGCGUGUUGAAAAUGGACUCUGGCGCGCACGCAGGCUUGCAAACGGCUGCACAAGUUGCCGCAGCCGUGAAAAAGAAACGGGAGGCGGAUCUCAAACAAGCUGCGGAGGUGGCGAAGGAGGCGGAGAAGAAUGGCGGUGGGGAGACGAUUUAUCGGGAUGCGAGUGGACGGAUUAUUAAUGUAGUGAUGAAGCGUGCGGAGGCGAGGAAGAAGGCUGAGGAAGAGGAGAGGAAGAAAGUAGAGAAAGAAAGGGAGGCGAGAGGCGCGGUGCAAAAUGUGGCGGCUGAGAAACGGAAGGAAGAGCUGAGAGAUGCGAAAUACAUGACCGUCGCUCGGUAUGCAUCCGAUGCGGCGCUGAAUGAGGAAUUGAAGGAACAGGAUCGGUGGAAUGAUCCCGCGAUGGGCUUUUUGGAAAAGAAGAAGGCAGGGAGGAGUAUUACGGGGAAACCACUGUAUAAAGGUGCCUUUACGCCGAAUCGAUAUGGGAUACGGCCGGGCCAUCGAUGGGAUGGUGUGGAUAGGGGGAAUGGGUUUGAGGGAGAGUGGUUCAAGGCGAGGAAUCGGAAGGCGAAUAGGGAGACCAUGGAGUAUGCUUGGCAGAUGGAUGAGUGAGGAUAAGAUGAUGAAGAGCAUUUUUUACGGCAAGUUUUGCAUUGCAUAUUCUGGGCGUUAGGAAAGUCGUUCUGACCAUGUGCACUUGGACUUUGAACGAAUGGAUAUAUUGCGAGAUAUCAUCGAGGUAUGAGCUGCCUAUAGACCAACAGCUCG